AUGGUCAGACGUAUAGAAGGUACGAUUGACUAUGAAAAACGUAAUGAAGUUCUCAAUGAUAAUCACAAGGUUUUAAUUUAUCUCGAUGAUAUGACAUUAACUGAUAUUGCUUCACAAGAUGGUUCUUAUGUUCGUAAGUUUCAUACUAUUGCAAAAUUAAUUCUUGAAAACCAAAUUAGAACAUUUCCCAUAGCAUUUACACUUGAAUAUGAUGAAAAAGAUGUAGAAAAAACAUCGAAUUAUUCAAUACGUGUACGAAUUGUAGCUGAUGGUAAAACACGUUUUAUUACCAGUUCCAAUGUACCAGUGCUUACUAAAGGUUAUGGUGACAUGGUUGAUAUUAAAGUAGAGAAAAUCGAUUUAAUGUAA